AUGGUUUCAUGUUUGGGAUGGCGUCUGCUGGUUGGCACGUGCCUGCCUGAUGAUUCACAGGUGGAAGCCCCAUCUCGGCCAGAAUCUCACCAGGUAAUCAGGCGAAGCUCAACCUCACCUGUUAUCCCCAGACCACUCUCCCUCCGAACUCUGCUGGACAGUCGCUUUACCGAGCAGUCAGCUUCCAAGCAGUUUAACAACGAGGUCCUGCGGGCCCACAACGAGUACCGGCAGCAGCAUGGCGUCCCCCCGCUGAAGCUGUGCAAGAAGCUCAACCAGGAGGCUCAGCAGUAUUCGGAGGCGCUGGCCAGCACGCGGAUCCUCAAGCACAGCCCGGAGUCCAGCCGCGGCCAGUGCGGGGAGAACCUGGCCUGGGCAUCCUACGAUCAGCCAGGACAGGAGGUGGCUGAUCGGUGGUACAGUGAAAUUAAGAACUACAACUUCCAGCAGCCUGGCUUCACCUCUGGGACUGGACACUUCACGGCCAUGGUGUGGAAGAAUACGAAGAAGAUGGGAGUGGGAAAGGCAUCUGCAAGUGAUGGGUCCUCCUUCGUGGUGGCUAGAUACUUCCCAGCAGGGAAUGUUGUCAACCAGGGCUACUUUGAAGAAAAUGUCCUGCCUCCAAAGAAGUAACUUGCCCAAUGUAAUGGGCAGGUGGCAGACUAAGAACAUGGAUAUCAAGUGCCUAGAACAUCAAAAGCUCAGCUGUGUAUCCGUCUUUGUGGGUGUAUGUGCUUGCGUGUGUGAUGCAUGUGCGUGUCUCUUGCACACACACCCUUGGAUAUACAGUUGUGCAUGAACUAAUUCUUACCAAAGGAUUGAGCCAAUGAAGCCUUUACUCUGAUGGUUAGACCACAAUUAUUUGGACUUUGGGGGGAAAAAUCAAGUUUUAAACUUUUUGGGGUUAUUUUUAAAGUAAACUUCUUCUGUACCUUUCUUACUUAUAAUAUCCAUCCCUGGACUUUUUGUACUUCAAAUGUUUGUGAUGCUGAGAGGUGAAGGUCAUUUCCUAUGAUCAUGCAUUAGAAUCUACUUGUGGUAGAUACUGAAGACUAUUAAACCCUCAUUUAAAUGUGACAUAGAACACAGCUUUAAACACAUAAAUAAUAAAGCAGCUUCCAUCAGAAA